AUGAACCUCUCAAUCGAGAAUAACCCCAAAAUCAAGUUCCGAUUGCAUGUCAUCAUCGGCUCCUUGCUCUUAUUAACCUUCGUCCUUGUUAUCGCGCGAGUGGCCGACAAGGGUACGCCGUCAAGCCGGACUAACACAUGGGGUAUUGCGGUGUGCCUAAAAUCAGCAGUCUUUAUGACAUAUCAAGUCGUCACCGCUCACGCCGCGAGAUUCAAACGCUGGGCAAGUAGCAAAGCGAAUAUGAUCCUGAACAUCAUUGAUACUAUCUUCUGGUUCGCCCUGUUCAUCAUAUCCAUCAUGGGGACCUCGGGUUCCCACAGCACCAGUAGUCGUGCAUUGGGUGUUAUUAUAAUUAUUUUGGCUCUUGCUUUAUGCGGUCUCGCUGGCUUCCUAUCGUUCAUCUGUAUCCGCGAACGACGAUAUUAUAAGCAGCAUGGUUCACUCCCUGGCGGAGCCAACUCCAAGUCCCCCUGUUAA